ACAGACUCAAGAGAGGGAUUCCCCACAGCACCUUCUUCCCCACAAGAGAAUGAGGAGAAGACCUUCUGUGUUCCUCUACUACCGAACACAAAUCUUCAACUCUGCUCCUUCUUCCCUCCCUUCACGCCUUCAUCUUUCCUUUCUCUGAUUUCUAGGGUUCCAUUUUUGUUUUCUUCCCCUUCUCCCCACUGGGAUUUCUUCUUCUUUGCAUUCACAACCCCCCCAGGAAGGUUCUAGGGUUCUUACUUCCGGGUUUUCAUUACUAGAGAUGUGGGAUGCUCCGGGGAUUGAUGAAUCUUCUCUCCCUUUGCUGGAAGCCGUUCGGGCAUGCUACUGAGAAUUUGAGCUCUGUUGGAGUAAUUGGAACCACUUGUGGUGGUAAAGAUACUAAGGAUAGCUUGCUCUGGUUCUAUGAUUAUGGUAAGUAUGCUUCCGGCGAAUUUUCCAUGGCUGUCGUACAGGCCAACCAAGUGCUUGAAGACCAGAGCCAGAUUGAAUCUGGUCCUUUUGGCACUUUCGUCGGAAUCUACGAUGGCCAUGGCGGCCCCGAUGCUGCUCGAUAUGUCUGCGAUAAUUUGUUUAGGCGUUUCCAAGAUGAAGAACGAGGAGUUGUUACUCGUGAAUCCAUUCUGAAUGCUUUUCGUCAAACAGAGGAGGGGUUCACAGCCGUUGUGUCAGACUUGUGGAAUACUCGACCCCAGAUAGCAACAGUUGGGACGUGCUGUCUAGUAGGGGUGAUACAUGAGCAGACACUCUACAUUGCAAGUCUAGGAGAUUCUCGUGCCGUGUUAGGGAAGAAAGUUGGCAACACAGGGGAGAUUGCUGCCAUUCAGUUAUCAACAGAGCAUAAUGCAAAUCUUGAGGAUAUCAGGCAAGAAUUAAGAGACAUGCAUCCCAAUGAUCCUCAAAUUGUGGUUCAAAGGCAUGGAGUUUGGAGAGUGAAAGGAAUUAUACAGGUUUCUAGAUCCAUUGGCGAUGUGUAUAUGAAACAUGCUCAGUAUAAUAAUGAAAGAAUCAAUGCUAAAUUUAGGCUUCCGGAACCAAUAAAUAAGCCUAUAUUGACUGCUGAACCUACGAUUUUUGCUCAUCCUCUUCACCAAAACGAUUCGUUUCUCAUAUUUGCAUCCGAUGGACUUUGGGAACACCUAACCAAUGAGAAAGCUGUGGACAUUGUCCAUAAUCAUCCACGUGCGGGAAGCGCGAAAAGGCUUGUGAAGGCAGCCCUUCAAGAAGCAGCUAGAAAGCGAGAGAUGCGAUAUUCAGAUCUCCGAAAGAUCGAUAAGAAGGUUCGGCGUCAUUUUCACGAUGACAUUAGUGUUAUUGUUUUAUUUUUCAACCACGACCUCAUAUCCAGAAGCAAUGUCCUCCUAGAUCAGCCAUUAUCAGUAAGAAGUGCUCUUGAUCAUUGAUUAAAAUUUUUGUUUCUAAAUAUUAAUAAACAGAUAGAAAAAAAAAAGAGCCAAAUUACAAAAACUACCCUUUAAUUUUUCUCCUUGUUUCAAAACUACCCAUUUUCUUUCGAUAGUUAUAAAAUUAUCCUCCACCUUUCGUAAAUGUUUCAAAAUAUCCUUUGGGGUAAGACUUUCCGUGCCACACCGUUUUAGGUCAAAUUUUUACUCCAAAAGUAGUUUUGAAGCAUCUAUGAAAUAUAAGGAUAAUGUUACAACUUUUGAAACAAUAGGGGUAUUUUUUAAACGAUCGUAAUUGUGGAGUACUUUUUAUAAUUUAGUCGAAAAAGAAAAAUAAAAAACCCAUGUAAUUUUCACAUUAGAUACAAUCCCAUUCCAUGAUAGAGAGGUUUACUGAUAGGAAGAAACAUAUUGGUAUUAGAUAUUAAAGCUCAUCUGUGCUGUUCUUUCCAUUCAAGUACAAAUUUCAGUAACCCAUUUUUUCUGAUAUUCACUUGUGUUUCUGUGUGUAUUUAAGCUUAUUUGUUAUUCAAUUUAAA